CACCGAUCUGAUUCGGUGAAACUUUUGAUUCCCUUGACGUCGGGAUGUUGUCUGACGCCGAUAAGCGGCGCCAAAUCAGUGUUCGGGGGGUCGCACAGGUUGAAAACGUUGCAAACUUGAAAGCUUCUUUCAACAGACAUCUCCAUUUUGAUGUCGUUAAGGACAGAAAUAUUGCGACGCCGCGUGAUUUCUACCAUGCACUUGCACGUACCGUCUGGGACCAUCUUUGCUCUCGGUGGAUCCGAACCCAGCAGUUCUAUCACAGAGAAGAUCCAAAACGGAUCUAUUACCUCUCGCUGGAAUUCUACAUGGGGAGAACUCUGACGAACACUAUGCUCAACGUUGACAUUGCCGCAGCUAUUGAUGAAGCCAUGUACCAGCUUGGUCUUGAUAUUGAAGAUUUGGAGGAAGUCGAAUCUGAUGCUGGUCUAGGUAACGGCGGCCUGGGUCGCCUAGCCGCAUGUUUUUUGGAUUCAAUGGCAACGCUUGGGUUGGCAGCCUACGGUUACGGGAUUCGGUACGAUUACGGUAUCUUCGAGCAGCUGAUACGAGAUGGAUGGCAAGUGGAGGAACCGGACGAAUGGCUGCGCUACGGCAACCCAUGGGAGAAAGGUCGUCCGGAAUACUGUUACCCAGUAAACUUCUACGGCCAUGUUGAAGAUGCGGGCAAUGGACGCAAACGGUGGGUGGAUGCCCAUCCGGUUUUCGCCAUGCCCUAUGACACGCCAAUCCCAGGCUACCGGAAUAACACCUGCAACACUCUGCGCUUGUGGUCAGCAAAGGCCCCCAAAAGUUUCGACCUGAGCAUCUUCAACACAGGUGACUAUAUUAAUGCUGUGUGUGGUCGCAAUCAUGCGGAGAACAUUUCCCGUGUGCUCUACCCUAACGACAACUUUUUCGAGGGAAAGGAACUGCGGUUGCGCCAAGAGUAUUUCCUUGUUGCCGCCACGUUGCAGGAUAUUAUUCGCCGUUAUCGGGGUGGUGGAGUGCCUCACACGACGUUUGAUGAAUUCCCCAAAAAAGUGGCGAUUCAGUUGAACGACACCCAUCCUUCUCUUGCCAUCCCAGAACUGAUGCGCAUACUUGUGGAUCUUGAAGGCUUGAGUUGGAAGAAAGCUUGGGAAAUCAGUUACAACACCUUUGCAUACACGAAUCAUACCAUCCUGCCUGAGGCACUCGAGCGUUGGCCCGUUUCACUUUUGGAGCACAUCCUUCCACGACACUUGCAAAUCAUUUUCCAGAUCAAUGCAGAAUUCCUGGAGGCACUCGAGCGUUGGCCCGUUUCACUUUUGGAGCACAUCCUUCCACGACACUUGCAAAUCAUUUUCCAGAUCAAUGCAGAAUUCCUGGAGCUUGUACGGAGCCGGUACCCUAACGAUGAGGCACGCGUGCGUCGCAUGUCACUGGUUGAAGAGGAGGGUGAAAAGCGAAUUAAUAUGGCUUUCUUGUGCAUUGUUGGUUCACACGCUGUCAAUGGUGUGGCUGCCAUCCACUCGCACUUGCUGAAGACCCAAAUCUUCAAAGACUUCGCUGAACUUUGGCCGGAAAAGUUCCAGAACAAAACCAACGGCAUCACUCCACGCCGUUGGCUUCUGCUCUGCAACCCGAACCUGUCCGAUCUAAUCAUGGAGAAUUUGAAUGGUAAUGACGCAUGGAUCACCGAUUUGACUUUGAUUAAUCAACUCAAAUCCCGUGUGAACGAUACUGCUCUGUUGCGUAACCUAAUGCGAAUCAAGCGCGACAACAAGGCCAAAUUUGCUGGCUACAUGGAGCAGAACUACGGAAUACACUUGAACACAGCCUCUCUCUUUGAUAUACAGGUCAAACGUAUACAUGAGUACAAGCGUCAGCUUCUCAAUUGUCUUCACGUGAUCACCCUGUACAACCGAAUCAAGGCGAAUCCGGCUGUGGAGAUUUGCCCGCGCACGGUGAUGAUUGGUGGGAAGGCAGCUCCCGGCUACCAUAUGGCUAAAUUGAUCAUUAAGCUGAUCAACUCCGUGGGUAAAGUGGUCAAUUCGGAUCCAGUUGUUGGUGGUCGUCUUAAACUUGUCUUCUUGGAAAACUACCGUGUCUCUUUGGCCGAGAAGAUUUUCCCUGCUUCCGAAUUGUCUCAGCAAAUUUCCACCGCUGGUACGGAGGCAUCCGGUACUGGCAACAUGAAGUUCAUGCUCAACGGGGCACUGACUAUUGGAACAAUGGAUGGAGCUAAUGUGGAAAUGUGCGAGGAGAUGGGUCGUGAAUGGGACGUGAUAACAUUGGAUGAGGUGGAAGCACUGUACAAAAAAGGCUAUCGACCAGGGGAUUACAUUGAGAAGAAUCCCGAAUUGAAGCUGUGCCUCGAACAGAUUCGGGAUGGCUACUUCUCCCCGGAAAACCCACAGCUGUUCGCCGAUAUCUACAACAGUCUGGUAUUCGAUGAUCGGUUCUUGUUGUGCGCGGACUAUGCCGACUACAUGCGUGCCCAAAAAGAGGUUGAAGCGGCUUACAAGGAUGAGACACGUUGGGCCCGUAUGAUGUUGAUGAACAUUGCUUCUUCGGGUAAAUUCUCCUCCGAUCGAACAAUUCGUGAUUACGCCCGUGACAUCUGGGGAGUUGAACCGUCCACGGUUAAACUGCCUCCGCCAUUCGAGCCAGUAGAUAAAAAGUAGUUGAUCAGUGAAAACCCUCUGAGUGAUUUCUACCCCUGCUAACUCAUUACCUCCCAUACACACACUCUCAUUCAACCUUCUUUAUUCAAAACUGGUAUUGUCGGAGACUGACCGACUCUGAUUUAUUUUUCGCUCUUGUCUCCAACGCAACAUCUCUUAGUUUUUUUGCACUUGGAGCCAUUUUCAAAAAUGUCUAAUUUUAAUUUCACUCACCCCAUAAUAUCGAUCGAUAGCUAUUUUUAAUAACGCAUCCUGGUUGAACACUGUUUGUCCACCUCUCUGUUUUGGUGACUCGGCACGGCACUUCUGUCUUGCUACUGGCCUUUUCGACCACAAAUCUAUGACCAUGAUCUGAAAAUCGGAGCUUCCCCCUGUCCUGUAAACCCUAUCCUUUCAUCUUGAAUGUAAUCAUGUACGACCAAAGUACGCAGCAAUUGUUCCAUACUCUUGAUCCCCCCUGUCUCUCUGUUAAUGUUUCCCCGUACUUCUUUGCGUAGUUUACAGUUAUUGGUAUUUCAAGAACAAAAACGCUUUUGUUUUAGA